ACCUCAGCAUACCCGUUCUCACUUCCGAGUCCUCAUGCAUGCUUAUUUUUGUGGGCUGUAAUGCACUUUUAAAUUAUUCUGAUUUUAAACAGUUAUCGUGCGCUGCAAAAUAGGAUCACAAGUUACAACAUUUGAGAAUUGGGACCUAGAAAAAAGUUGGAAAAGCUUCUGCAUGCAUGCAUGUUUACACGGCGCAUGGUCAUGUUGAGAUUCACCGGAAGUCUUCAUUCACUAAAAAUUAUUAAUUCAACGCACAAUGCAUACAUAAUUCAGUCUAUGUGCAUGCAGGAUCGUGAAGAUGCCUGGCUUUGAGUUGGAGCAGGUGGACGGUGGCCCUCCGAUAGAUCUGCCCUAUGGAGAGACUGUCCUGGGGAGAGGACCAUUUCUGGGUGUGAGUGAUAUGAGGGUAUCGAGAAACCACGGCGUACUGGAGAACCAGAAGGGUGACCUACGCCUGAAGCCUACACACCUGAACCCGUGUUUUAUUCAGACGAGCAUUGUGGCCACCCCUCAACCGCUGGAGAAGGAUGUCUGGCACUAUCUCCGGGAAGGUGACAUCUUCUCUCUCAUGCCUGGAAGGUACAUUUACAGAGUGCACGUCAAGCAGGACGACAGAACCCCCAGAAACAGUCGGGGGUUUGAGGAGGAGAUGGAUAUGAAGGAGUGUUUGCCCAGACCAGCAGAGCCCUGUGAAGACUCCGCCACACUUGAGGGCGAGAACGACGUACCCGUGACCCAGAACUCCACGCUCACAGGAAGUGAAAAACAGGGUGGUUCUGCACCCCCUGUGAGCUCUCUCAAUGAGUCACCCGCAAUGUGUCAAAAAAGCGAGCCUUCUCUGCCGCAAAAGAAGCGCGUCUUGCCAGACUGGAUGAUUGCUUGUGGUUCAGCUACCCAAAGUCCGUCAGCUGCCAAAGGUGAGAGCAAAGCCGUCAGAGGAACCCUAAAACAGUCCAAACGCCCAGCUGCACGUAAACUUGCGCCCGAACCCAAACGUGCUCGUACAGCACAGGUGUCGUCUGAGGAAGAGGGGAAACCUAGGAGGAAGGCAAAGAGGUUAAAAAGUGAUUCUGAAGAUGAGCUGGGUGAUGCAACAGCACUCAAGAGCACUAGAGUCGGAUCAGUCAAGGACGGGCCGAGCAACGAGUCGGACAGCACCGGAUUGAUGGAGCGUGAUAAUGGGAAAAAGGGAGGAGGCAUCAGGGGAGCAAGUGCUCAAUCUGAAGAUUCGCAAACACAAGCAAAAGAUUCCAGUAACCUUCAGGUCGAUCAGGGACCCUCACAGAACACACAGCAAACGUCAAAGAUCACAGAGUCUAAAAGCAAAACAAGCACCAGUAAGGUGAAAAAACAGAGCCGGACGCCAUGUCCUUACGGCAGCUUCUGUUACAGGAAAAAUCCUGUACAUUUUCAGGAAUGCAAUCACCCUGGAGACAGUGACUAUGAGGAAGAGAAGACAGAAGAUGGUGAUGAUGAGAGGCCCAAGUGCCCAUAUGGAACCCACUGCUACAGGAAGAAUCCACUUCACAAGAAGGAGUACAAACACACUAAAUCUCCACCCAAGAGUUCUGCUGACGAUGAGGAUGAAGAUCAGUACCAAAACAGUUUUAUUAAUGAUGAAAGCGAGGAAGAAGAGGUGGGCGAUGACUCGGACUACGUGCCAGAGACAGACGACAGUAGAAAAGAGGACAUUAAAUGCCUGCAAAAAGAGGCACAAGCCUUUCUCCGGAGGAAGAAAUGACGCUAUUUUAUAAACCUAGUUUCUAUGUUUUUUUACUUUAAAAUGUCAGAUAACUUUUAUAGUUUUAAGCAUACCUUUAAUUUUUUAAUCUGCUGUUUCUCGUUUUCCAUUCUGUGAGUGUGUGAAUGUUUUCAACGAGUCUGCUUCUUUAUUAGAGACUAAGAUUAUUUACUCUUGUGUGUUUUUUUAUGCUGAUUGUUUAUUCCUAGGGGCUCGAUUGGACCAGAACAUUCUUUCCAGUCAUAGGAAAACACUAUUGCAUACGUAGAGAAAACCGUUCCCAUCACUAUACAGACUUUAUAGUUACAUUUGUAUUACACUAAUACAUUGAUCAAUAUUGGGUAACUUUACUUAACUGGCAAUGAUAAAUUAACAUGAUGGCUUUGGGAAUUUGGCCAAAAGAAGGUUUCCCUAUUCGUACGGGAUUAGCAUUACCUUGGGACCUCUAGUCAUUUGUAAUAAUUGCAGAGGUUGGCUGUGAUCUUAAAUCCUGUGCGAAUCGGCCAUGUCUGUAAUUUGUCAAGUAAAAAUUCCCCCACAAAUUACCUACAAUAUAUUGACGAACACCGAGGUCCUGUGAUAAUAUUAGUCCCGUGCGAAUCGGCAUCUCUGUGAUUUGGCAGGCUCAAAUAUCAUUUUUCAAGGUUUUAUCCACAGAUUGCGAAUAAUGGAGGCUGUUUUGAAGUGUUUUGAUAUUAUUUCGGGUGUUGGGUCAUAUCCAUACCUGCCAACACUGUCGAUUUGGCUGAGAGUCUCCCGUUUGUUUAUUUAUCAUGGAAAAUCUUGUAACAUUUGAGACCCGCGAUCGCAAUGAUCUUCUGUCCGGUUCGCUAUCACGGGUCUCAAAUGCUGACAGGUAAGGUCCUAUAUCAUUAAACACCAUACAAUUAUAGGCUUUACAAACUAUAAGCAAAGCCUUGCCAUCAAAUCUGGGAAAAAAGUCCGUAAAUUUGAUUAAAAUCACAGGCUUCACUAAUCCCGUGCGAAUGCGCCACAUGAAAUACAGAGGUGGGGAGGUCAUUUCUAAAUCACACGAGCUCCCCAGAUAAUACUAAUCCCGUGCGAAUAGGGCUCUUUUACAUUUUGCACCUCACUGUGUUUUGGAACAGAGCCUUUAAGCAAAUACAACACCUGUCUUCCAGCCAGGGUGUGCAGAGACCUUUAAAGGUCUCUGCACACCCUGGUGCUGCACACCCUGGUGCAGGUGCUCAAAGUGAAGUGACCUAUUUGUCAGAUAUGGUGACCCAUACCAGAAAUGUGACCUCUGCACUUAACCCUCUCUAGAGAGUAGUGAACACACGUACAUCCGGAGCAGUGGGCAGCUAUCACUGCAGCGCCCGGGGAGCAAGUAGGGGUAAGGUGCCUUACUCAAGGGCACCUCAGUCGUUACCCGCCGACCCUGAGAAUCAAACCUGCAACCUUCUGGUCACGAGUCCGACUCUCUAACCAUUAGGCUAUGACUGUGUAUACGUGUCUAUACGUGUAUCAAUACGGAUGCUUCUGUAAUUGAUAAAGCAGCAAAUGCCAUGAUGCUGUUUUGAAAAAGAAACAGAACAGAAAAAACCGUACUAAUGUUUAAAAGUUUUAAAAUAUUUUAGUUGCACCAAUUAACAUGCCUGGGAUUAGAAACUCAAGUGAAUAAAGUUGUCCAAACCUCAAAGGGAUAGUUCACCCAAAAAUGAAAAUUCUGUCAUCAUUUACUCACCCUCAGAUUAUUCCAAACCUGUGUAAAUGUUUUUGUUCUGUUGAACACAACAAAAGAUAUUUGGAAGAAUGACAAUAACCAAACAGAUCUCAUCCCCCAUUUACUGCCAUGGUAGGGAAAAUAAAUACUAUGGGAGUCAAUGGGAGGGUGAGAUCUAUCAAGUUACUGACAUUCUUCCAAAUAUCUUGGCUGAUGUUGAGGGGGCUGCUGGGGAUGUUGCUGUCUUUGCUGUUGUAGAAAAAAUAGUUUUGUCAUA